AUGUUGAGAAAUACUGUCUUGGCAGCCCUUCUGGCCUCUCAGGCCCAGGCCUUCCCAUGGGUCGCCCAAAUGCAUGGCUACGAUGCCGCUGAGAUGAAGAGACGCGACAUGUUCGCCUCUCGCUCGAUCGAAGCACGCACUCCAGGUGACCAGGCCAGCUGCCCGGUCAACCCAAACCACGUUCCAGCUGCUCCAGCCACAGGUAUACCAACAUGAACGUUCUGUAAUCCAGAAAUGCGCUGAGACGAUGUUUUUCAGCCACUUACCCUUACUGUGGAGCCUUCAACGGCGGCCCCGGCAACCAGACCUGCGCGAACAACAAAGUUCCUGCGGAUGGUGAGAUUCUACAAGCUUGCCGUGGGCAGUGCCGACGUACUGUGCUAACAGAAACACCUCCAGGCGACACAGCCCAUCAAUACCAGGCGCCUGGACAGAACGAUAUCCGUGGACCUUGCCCGUAAGUCUUCCCCUUUCACGUAAAGAACAAUUGCUUGCGGCCAGCGCGGUCGAGCAACUGGCGCUUGCAGCAACUGCGCACGGACAGCACAUGCCAUUGCGGAUAGUUCCGCCGGACAGCCUCAGAGGCAUCAUCCUCUCACCUCCACCUAGCAUCACAGACAUUGCACCCUCUUCACGCUCAAUGAACACACGAUGCUGACUGCAUGAUCAGUGGCCUCAACACCGCCGCCAACCACGGCUUCCUUGCCCGCGAUGGUAUCACUACCUUCCAGGAGUUGACCGACGCACAACAAAACGUCUACGGUGUCGGCUAUGACCUUGCCAUCCUGCUCGCGGUUUUUGGUGUUGAGCUCGACGGAGACCCAAUCACCAUGAAGCUCAGCAUUGGCUGCGAUGCCACGCCCCGUACUGCGUGAGUACUGAACAUCCCUGUUCCCUACUCCAAGCUGAUAGAGAAGAAUAGUACACCAGGCGCUGGUCCCGAACUUGGUCUCGACGGCCACAACAAGUUCGAAGGCGACACUUCGCUCACUCGCAACGACUACUUCACUGCAGGCGGAGACAACUUCAAGUUCAACAGCACCUUGUACGAGGACAUGAUCAACAACUACUGCGGCAAUGCUUGCAACCUCCAAGCCAUGGCCAAGUACCGAUAUGCGCGUUACCAGUGGUCUCUGAACCACAACGGCAACUUCUACUACGGCCCCAAGUCCCUCCUCCUCUACGGAGCCGCCUCGUUCGUCUACGAGCUGUUCCCAUCCCUCGGACCCGCCGGUACCCCCGACCCAACCACGAUGAGCUACUUCUUCGAAAAGGAGGAGCUCCCACCGAACUGGUUCUCCCGCGUCUCCCCCUACACCAUCGAAGACGUCUCCAGCCAGAUCGGCAUGCAGUACCAGCUCUACCCCGUCGCUUUCGGCGCCAACACCGGCAACCCCAACUCUUUCGUCGGCUUCGGCGAGACGGGUCCUUCCAUCUCCAACGGCAGCGCCACCACCCCUGCUGGUGUCGCCUGUGCGCUCUACCAACUCGCCACCGAGAACGAUCCAGCUUCCCUUGGUGGUGGUGGCUCCGGUAGCCUCCCCCUUGCGACCCUCACGUGGGCCGCCACGAAGUUGAACCCCAUCUUUUCGGGCACCGGCGCCGCUGCCCAAUUCGGCUGCCCGAUCGCUUUCAACGACUCUUGA